CAUCCCAAAUAAAAGAGGCUUUGUAAAGAGUGCUGAAGUGGGUCCUUAUAAAAUAAAGCUUCUCUCGGGCAGGCACAUUUGCCACAUUAAAGAUUUAAUAAAACAGCUGUUUCCACAGUUGUUAUUUAAAAAAAUAAACGAAAUCCACACACACAUACACACACAUACACUCGCUCGAUAUUUUCACUAUUACCGGAAUCAUUAUACUGGCCAGUUAUUGUCAGUUUAGUUCACAGCUAGGUUAUUUUGCAGUCGGUGAUAGAAUCCGAAGGCCAAAUAUUUGUAUGUUGACGCCGAGCGCACCAACAACAACCAAACUAAUUUAAAAGGAUUCGGGUAAAUCACAACACGCUGCAGAUGGAUGAGAUCAAAAGCAAAUUCGGAGGCACGUGGAAGCUGCAUCGAAGUGAAAAAUGGGAUGAAUUUCUCAAAAAGACGGGGGCGAACUUUGUGUUGAGAAAGAUGAUGAGUUUGAGCAAACCGGAGCAGACGAUUGAGGUGAAGGACACGGCGAUCGACAUCAAGACGAAAAUUGGGGUGUGGACCAUAGAGGAGGUGAUGAAGGUGGACGAGGAAUACGAAUGUGAAGACCAAUGUGUCAAACAAAAGGCUUUUUGCAAGUACGAAGACGGGAAGCUAGUAAAAACUCAAUCCCCUAUUGGUGCUUCGGCUAUCAAAGAACAGAAAAUCACCCGAGAGAUCGCGGAUAAUGACAUGCUCAUGACAAUUGAAUGUGACGGCGUGGUCUGCAAGAGAUGGUUUAAACGUGUGUCGUAAACACCACCUAUGGGAUUCCAAUCCAUACGAGAUUCAAUACGAAGACAAUGCCAAAUUUGUUGCUGCAUAUCCUGGAAUCUGAAGCUGAAGACAGUGGUUCAAAUCCUGUCAAAGGCUGACUGUGACACUUUUACUCAUCUUUCUCACCUAACAUCUUAAUACACGUGCAUCUGUCUGUCUGUCUUUGUUCUCUAUAUUACUAUUUUCAAAGCAAAGUGUAAAUAAAAGAAAUGCCAAAACGUUGUACGUUUGUUCGCCCCCCCCCCCAAUCCACCUUGUUGAUGCACCUAUUAUAAAUGUAAAAGAAAACAUAAUACCGAUGGCACGGGUGUAAAGUUAUGCCACACCCAGACUUGUCACCCUCUAGUAAGUGCUUUACCAGGUACUAUAUAUACUAAACUGAUGACAUGGUUUCUAAACCUUUUAUAAAACUACACGUUCACCAUUCCUAUUAAAAGGACCGUUUCCAAUUUUAAACUGUUGCAGAUAUCAUUUCAUGAUACUUGAAUAUCAUGUUACUUUACAAUUUCCUACUUAGAAUUUAGUCAUGUUGUUUAUAGUUUUCUGCUUGAAAAUAAAUAUUUUCUACUUG